AUGCAGGCUUCACCGCUAGCCAAGAAACCCCGGGCUGCUGCUCUCACAAUAGCCAGCGCGGCGGCGGCUGCAGCGGGAGCGCAGGACGGCCGACGACCUGCCGCAUCCGAAGCGCCAUCCGGGCUGGCAGGAGAAGGGUGCAAGGACCCGAGGCAGGUGCGCAAAGGAGGGGUCUCUCUGUCUCUCUUCCCCGGCCAGGUGAGCCCCUGCCGGAGAGCCUCCAACACAACCAGCGCCGAAAGGUGCCUCCGAGCGAGCGAGCAGCCAGCCAGCCAGAAGGAGGGACAAAGGAGAGGGUGGGGGAGCUGUUAA